CGCGGCGGGAUUCACCGCAUCGCGAUCUCCCAUUCGAUCCGAUCCGAUCGGGUGUGGUGUGGCCCGAUCGAUCCUCGCGCGCCACUGCGCCGACCAUUCAAUUGCCAUAUGCUGAUCCCACCCGCGCCGUCUUUUCUAGUAUUUCUAUAAGUAGGCAGCCUACGUAUAUAAAUAUACACGCCGCACUGCAGCUCCGGCCGGAGAUCGCAUUGCAUUGGCACCAUCCAUCCAUUCGUCCAUCUUUUGAUUUGAUUUGAUUUCACGUCACCUGAGGGCAAGCAAAGGCGGGAGCAUUCGUGUCGAUCGACCAGCCAGCCAUACCGAUAUCGAACAAUGGAGGUGGCGGCGGCGGCGGCGGGGGUGGCAUGCUGCCGUGGCCGGGACGACGGACACGCCGGCGAGGAGGAGAGGAGUAGCGCCAAGGACGCCGCCAAGGUGGUUGUGCCUAUCGCCGACGACAAGGAGGUGGUGGAGCCGUGCGUCAUCGCCGUCGACGACUGCUCCGUCGACCGCGCCCUCGUCACCGCGCUCCUUCGCCGCUCCAAGUACAGAGUCACCGCGGUUGACAGCGGGAAGAGGGCGCUGGAGAUUCUGGGCUCGGAGCCCAAUGUGAGCAUGAUCAUCACAGACUACUGGAUGCCAGAGAUGACCGGCUACGACCUGCUCAAGAAGGUCAAGGAGUCUUCGAAGCUGAAGCAGAUCCCAGUGGUGAUUAUGUCCUCCGAGAACGUGCCCACCAGGAUUACCAGAUGCCUGGAGGAAGGCGCGGAGGACUUCCUGCUGAAGCCCGUCAGGCCGUCCGACAUCUCCCGCAUAACUACCAGGAUUCUGCUGCACUGAAACACUUUGAUCAGUGGUCCACCCAAGUUAUUAGAUUGUUACUAGUAGUGUUUUCAAGUCACAGUAGAGGUUGACGUAGGAAUUCGGUAAAUUUAGAAUAUCAGUUAUUAGCCGCAGAAUGGGUAAUCUAAUGUGGCACACUCCUUAUUAGCUUCAUUCAGUAGUGCAUUGAGCUUUCUUUGGCGUCAUACUCAAGAAUAUGCAGGGAUUAGUUGUAGGCUUCCAGUAGCGAGAUUGUUUUCUCAUAUAACAUUGGCUUCAGUAGUGUAAAACCACUGGACGAAUCAUUUUUCUGUUUAAAGGAACAUUUACAUUGGCUUA